GCUGAGGACUAUGGUUGCCCUUUUCCUGUUUGCCUCAGACCCCUCAUUGGAGUGAGGGGUGAAGGGUUGUAGGGGUGUGGUCUCCACAACAGGGACAAUAAUCUUCUAUCUCUUGCUCUCCUGGAGAACCUGAUUCCUCAGUGGCCCUAAUGCAGAAAAGACUCUUCACUGUGACUCUGAAGGCGUGCCCCUCAGGCGCCCUGCGCUUCCAAGUUCAGAGGCUCAUGCUACAAGCCUUCACUACCUCUUUCUACCUUUUAGGAAGGGCCUGGCAUCUUUAUAACAACUGACCAGGACUCAGAAGAAGAAACAGGCAAGAUGUUUAAUCAUUUAUUUGUUCCUUCGGCAGACAUUUACUGAGCAACUACUGUAUGCUGGGAGCUGGCAGGAGGCCCUGCUCACCCUGAAUCCAGUCAGGUGCUAGGCUGAUAAAUGUGCAGAUACUGCGGGCUCCUGGAGGGGGUGUCUACUAAGCUGAGGCUGGCAAGAGGAAGGGGAAGUAGUAUUCUUUAGAAACUGUUUGUCUACGAGGAGAGAGUACAGAAAAGGGACACUUCUUAGCAUGGCAUUCAGGCCCGUGUACCAUGCCUGCUACCUCUGCUGGUCCCUGUCCUGCCACUUCUGGCCUGUGUACAGAGACAUAUGGAUUGAAAUUUGUGUUGUCUCAACAGCCUGGAAGUCUCCUGAGGGCUAAGACGGAGUCUCCUUCCUCAUUCUAUUUGUCAGUUCUUCACACAAGGUGUGUACACAGUAGGUGCUCACUGAUGCUGUUCCAAGUAGCUCCCCCUGCCUCCCCACUCUGUCUACCCCACCCCCCAGGCGGUGUGCUUCCUCCUCUGCAUUUCUACAGCACUUUGAACCUGCGACAGUGCUCACACUGGCACAACUCUUUCUGGCUGGCAAAGCGCGUUUACAUAUAGUAAUGCAUGUGAGGCUCACACGAAGCCCUAUGUAAAAAGUGUCAUUGUCCACAUCAUCAUCAUUAUUACCUGCCGGGAAAUAGCAUAGCAUAGUGCUUUACACAUGUGGGCUCUCUAGCUGGACUGCCAGUCCAGGCUCUAUGGCUUAUUGGCCGUGUGACCUUGAACAAGUUGCUUAGCCUCUCUGUGCUUCAAUUUCACCAUUUGUGAGACAGGAGUAAUCUACCUCACAGGAGCACUAAGGGGCUACAGGUAGAGUAAACAGAAUACUGCCUACCACAGUUAGCUCAAUAAUAAUGGAAGCCAUUAUCAUUCAAUUCAUAGAUAACAACACAGAAGCUCAAGGUCAAGAUCACCCAGCUAUCUCAAUUAAAUAGGGUUUUAUCUUGGAGUCUUUACUUCAAAUCUAGUGGGGGUUUUUUGAGGUUGUUUUUUUUUUUUUUUUUGUGGUUUUUGGCCUGGGCUGGGUUUGAACCCACCACUUCCAGCAUAUGGGACCUGCGCCCUACUCCUUGAGCCACAGGUGCUGCCCUUUCAAAUCUAGUGUUGUGGGAUUAUCUCCCCCCACCCUUGUCCUCCUAUUUCCUAAUUUAUCUGUUUAUGUAUCUGUCUGUCCUUCUCCAUAGUAGCUCCACCAAGGCAGAGACCUGUUAGUAUUAUGACUAGUUCCCACCUAUCUCCCCAGUGCCUGAACAGUGCUUGGCCACUACUGAACCCUCGAAAGCUGUCUUGAAAGAACCAUAUGCUAAGUGUCUCUGUGGGCAUGAUCUCUGAUGCUCCAGAACAAUCUAUGAAGUGGGCAGAAAUUCUUUACAACUGCACUGGGGUAUAAUAAACUGUAUUGGUUCUGUUAUUUGUAUGCACCUGUAAACCCAUCACCACAAUCAAAGAGGACACCCAUUUCUAUCAUCCCUAAAAUUUUCCCAUACCUCUCUGAAACCCCUCCCUACCUCCAGUUAUAGACUUAUCUCUGGUUUACAGAGGAGGAAAAUGAGAUGCUGAGAAGGAAAAUAACCUUCCCAGGGACAAGCCCAGCAAUUGGCCACUCCAUGAUUUGAACCAAGGUGAUGUGUCCCCAAGCUGCCUCUUGCCACUGUGCCAUGCUGCUGGGUGGUAGUCAGCAGAGGGUGAGUGCCUAUCCUCCCUCCUCUGUUCCACCCUGUCCAGGUUCAAGAAGACAGUUUAUAAGGAGAUGGCAUUUACAGUGUGACUCUCUCAGUGGGCACAUGUGUGAGGAGCAGGCUGACACCCCAAAGGGAUAUGUUUGGGUACCAAGGGCGGACAACAGAAACAACGCAGCAGCCUUAAAGCCAGAAAGCUAGGAGAUGCAGGAGCCUGUGAUGGGUGCUGGGCUCAGUGUGAGUACGUGUGACUCUGUGACUGUGACAGUGUGACUGCAGAAGGCAGGGACAUAGCAGCUCCCUGACUGUGGACAGAAGGUGAUAACUGUGUGAAUGCUGGUGUAGGUGGGUCCCUGGGCCCCCAAACCUGGGGGCUGAGGGAGAUAGUAAACAUCAGGGUGAUGGGAGGAUCGUGUUGGUAGCCCUGAGAGGAUGCAGCAGGGUUGUGGGGGUUUGUGUGACUUUGCAGUUCAACAAAUUCAUAUUCAGCCAAUGCUGGCAGUGCCUGUUGUGUGCCAGGCAACCAGCUAGGAGGAGGAGACUCGGACCUAGCCCACAGUUGAAUGGUACUGGUUGCUGGAUUUUGUGUGCUCACCUCCUGGUGCUUUUUUGCCCUUUCUGGCAUUUCAUCUUCACAAUAACCUACCUCCACUUUGAGGCUAGAUGGAGAAGCACAGAGGGAAGUGACUUGCCCAAGGUGACCCAAGUUACUCAGUGCCAAGGCAGGAUCUGAAUCCAAGCCAUCAGGCUGCAGAGCCUGAGUCCUUUCCCACCAUGCCUGCACCAGAGUGCAAAUGUCAGGACCUGGAGGGAGGCCUGAACUCCUGGCCUUGGCCCUGGAGACAUCCCCCCAGCAGGCUCCUAAUCUGUCCUUGGUCACUGUGCAUAGGGAUGAGGCGCCUGGCCCUUAGCUCUUUUCCUAGGGCCAGAUUCAAGGAAGGAGGGACUACCUGGCUCUUAGAGACCCCUAAGCGCCCCACCCUCGCCCCAGGCCCUCCCCAGCUCCUGCCCCCUCCCCUCGGGGCUGACUCUGGGCCAGAAGAGGAAAGGCUGUCUCCACCCACCUCUGCACUCUCCCUUCUAUAAAGGCCGGAACAGCUGAAAGGGUGGCAACUUCUGCAGCAGGAGCAGCCCGUCAGCCUCCCCGCGCACCCGCAGCCUCCCUGGCUACCUCCCCGAGGGCUCCCCUCUGGCUGCCAGCGCCCAUUUUUUAUCUCCGAGAUAAGAAAUAUUUUGCGCACACACAUACACACACGCGCAAAAAGGAAUAAUAAUAAAAAAAGCCCACCCUCCAACCUCGUUGCAAAGAGAAAGCCGGAGCAGCCGCAGCUCGCAGCACGCAGAGGACGCCCGGAGUGCCGAACCGGCGGGCAGACGGACCGAAGGACUCCAGCCGCCUCCACCUGUCGGCCGGACCCGGCCGAGCGCGCAGCGGGCACGCCGCGCGCGCGGAGCAGCCGUGCCCGCCGCCCGGGCCCUGCGCCAGGGCGCACACGCUCCCGCCCCCCCACCCGGCCCGGGCGGGAGUUUGCACCUCUCCCCGCCCGGGUGCUCGGGCCGCUGCUGCAAAGCCAACUUUGGAAAAAGUUUUUGGGGGGAGAUUUGAGCCUUGAGGUGCUCAGCCCUGUGCUUUGCGGUUUUGGGGGCCUUUCCAGAAAAUGUUGCAAAAAAGCUAAGCCGGCGGGCAGAGGAAAACGCCUUUAGCCGGAGAGUGAAGACGAAACAUCGACUGCUGUGUUCCUUUUCCUCUUGGAGGUUGGAGUCCCCUGGGCGCCCCCACACGGCUAGACGCCUCGGCUGGUUCGCGACGCAGCCCCCCGGCCGUGGAUGCUCACUCAGGCUUGGGAUCCGCCCAGGUAGCGGCCUCGGACCCAGGUCCUCCCCAGUCCCCCAGCUACGGAGCCGGGGCCGGGGGCGGCGUCGCCCGGGGGCCAUGCCGGUGAGCAGCGGCUGCAGCGGCCUGAGCGCCUGAUCGCCGCGGACCCGAGCCGAGCCCACCCCCCCUCCCCAGCCCCCCACCCUGGCCGCGGGGGCGGCGCGCUCGGUCUACGCGUCCGGGGCCCCGUGGGGCCGGGCCCGGAGUCGGCAUGAAUUGCUGCUGGGCGCUCUUCCUGUCUCUCUGCUACCUGCGUCUGGUCAGCGCUGAGGGGGACCCCAUUCCCGAGGAGUUCUAUGAGAUGCUGAGUGACCACUCGAUUCGCUCCUUUGAUGACCUCCAGCGCCUGCUGCACAGAGACUCCGUAGAUGAAGAUGAGGCUGAGUUGGACCUGAACAUGACCCGGUCCCAUUCUGGAGGCGAGCAGGAGAGCUUGGCUCGUGGGAGAAGGAGCUUGGGUUCCCUGACCGUUGCUGAGCCGGCUAUGAUUGCGGAGUGCAAGACGCGCACCGAGGUGUUCGAGAUCUCCAGGCGCCUCGUGGACCGCACCAAUGCCAACUUCCUGGUGUGGCCGCCGUGCGUGGAGGUGCAGCGCUGCUCCGGCUGUUGCAACAACCGCAACAUUCAGUGCCGCCCCACCCAGGUGCAGCUGCGGCCCGUCCAGGUGAGAAAGAUCGAGAUUGUGCGGAAGAAGCCGAUCUUUAAGAAGGCUACGGUGACUCUGGAGGACCACCUGGCUUGCAAGUGUGAGACGGUGACAGCUAUACGGCCUAUAACCGGAAGCCCAGGUGGUUCCCAGGAGCAGCGAGCCAAGAUGCCCCAAACACGGGUGACUAUUCGGACGGUGCGAGUCCGCCGGCCUCCCAAGGGGAAGCACCGGAAAUUCAAGCACACGCAUGACAAGAAGGCACUGAAGGAGACCCUCGGAGCCUAGGGGCAUCGGCAAGAGAGUGUGGGCAGGGUUAUUUAAUAUGGUAUUUGCUGUAUUGCCCCCAUGGGGUCCUUGGAGUGAUAAUAUUGUUCCCCUCGUCCGUCUGUCUCGAUGCUGAUUCGGACGGCCAAUGGUGCUUCCCCUACCCCGCCACGUGUCCGUCCAUCCCUCCAUCUGCGGGUCUCCCCCAGCGGCUUCCAGAGUCUUGCCCAGCAGUUCAAGAAGGAAAAGAAGGACUGAACACCAUCUCUGUCUUCCUCCCUUGACCCUGAGAAUCUGGGAUAAGAGUGCAAGAGAGACUGAUGGGGUCCCUUCCCCUACACCUGGCCUGGCCCAGGGAGCCCUGCACGUGCCCUGAGGACUUCUCGUCAUGGCCUGCCUGGUCCCUGGAGCCCUAGCCAGCUCUGAGGAGGAGCACCUCCAGGCAGGCUGGGUACUUUGUACUCCAUGGCUAGGACCUCAGACUGGAGCACAGACUGGAGAAAACCCCCUCCCACGGCGCCCAGUCCCCCAGUCACUUCCUCUCUCUGGUCACCUCUGCUCACAGUGGCUUCUUUACAUUUGACGCAUAUGAAAUCUUUGAAGCUGUGGACUCCUCUAGGUGGGCGUGGCCAGAGUGACAGGUGGCUGAGUUCCAUCUCAGAGGGGUUAGAGAUGAAGUUUGCUCUUGGGGUGGGCACAAAUGGAGACCUGGGUGUCCCCUGCCUCUGGCCUCUGCUCGACCCCAAUUCACUUCCUCCUCUGUUUCCUCUUAUCUCUCUACCUCUACCUGUGUCUUCUUGUCUGGCCCUUCAGUUCAUGCCACCAAGGGGCUCUUGGGCCUCUUACUGAGGCCCCAAAUGACCCCAGUCACUUCCCCCAAGGGCAGAAGACCAGGGCCCAGGGGAGCAGGGGACCUGCCCGUCAUUCCAACCCAGCCAAGACUGCCAUGUAAGGUUGUACAGGGUGUACACUGCACAAGGGCACUGUAUGUAAGGAGCACUGUUUACACCAUACAUGUUGCCAAUAUAUAUAUGUAUUAUGACAGUUUCUGGCAGAUGUAGGUAAAGUGUCUGAGGAAAGGGAUCUUUUUUCUAAUUCAUAUAAAGGUUCCCUGUGAAUGGUCUGUGCCCCUGACCCAGCCUAGGGAUUGGAGUGAUCAGAGAGGAGUGAGUCCAUGGUGUGCAGGGAGGCAAUACUGUUGUCCAUCAGGCCUCCCUUUCCCGGAGUCCACUGCUCCAGCAGUCCCCCUUCUAGGUGGGAGAAACCCAGGAGAAUGUCUCCAAGGGAGGGGACAGCCCCACUCGCCCCACCCCCACUUGCACAGUCACACCCCCUUUCCACCUCCAGUGGCUUCUCCCAGGGAACCAGCUCCUGGACUGGGGGGCGGGGAGAGAAGGGAAAAGAUCCCCAAGGCCUCUUGGGUGUGGGGUCUGAGCUGCCUGUCCCCUUCCCUUCUCCCUCCUCUAAACUCUGCUUCCUUCAGUUUGUAAAGUCGGUGAUUAUAUUUUUGGGGGCUUUCCUUUUAUUUUUUAAAUGUAAAAUUUAUUUAUAUUCCGUAUUUAAAGUUGUAAAAAAAAUAACCACAAAACAAAACGAAAUGAAUGUGCCGGAGGUCUGUC